GUCUGUAAGUCGUUUACGUACCCGAAUUUGUCGAACUAUUCCCUAUUCCUGAUGGAUACGUAAGGUCCUCACCCCCAACUUCACGAACGAUCAAGACCAACAACGUCGAAAUGGAACAGAUCAAAGAGUCCCUGUGUACCCGGCCUGCGGCAAAGCCUCAAGAAAUACUCGCGGAGGGACUUGAAGGACAGUCCGAACUCCAGCAGCUGGAAAUCCUUACGGAGAUAUUCACCGCGGGAGCUGUCACGGACGAACGCUUUGCAGAGACAAUACACGCUGCCUGGGAGCACUUCAGAGCGACUUGUGGUCGUUCAAGUAUGAGUCCCUGGAUGAAUACCGACAACUGA